AUGGCAGCACCGCCGUCCCACCCGUUCGUCUACAUCGACGCCGAGGCGCUCCACGCUGUCCUCCCCUUCCCGUCCCUGAUCUCCCACCUCCGCGCGGGCCUCCCCGCCUUCUCCGGGGACAUCCACUGCCCGCACCGCGUCUCCUUCCCGGUCCCGACCUCGCCCUCCGCGGCGCUGCUCCUCAUGCCCUCAUGGUGCGCCCACCCGUCGCUCCCCUACCUCGCCCUCAAGGCCGUCACCUCCUUCCCCGCCAUCUCCCCGCACCGCCCCUCCGUCGACGGCUCCGCGCUCACCCUCCUCCGCACCGCCGCGGUCUCCGCCCUCGCCGCCUCCCUCCUUGUCUCCCCCUCCCGGCCUCCCUCCACCCUUGCGCUCGCGGGUGCCGGGGCCCUCGCGCCCUACCUCGCCGAAGCGCACCUGUCCGCCCUCCCCUCACUCUCCCGCAUCUUGAUGUCUGAUUCCUCGGAGCCCUCGAAAGAAGGUUCUUCAGCCAAUGGUUCCAGUGCUCUCCAAAAAACUGGAGCCUGGAGUAGCAUAUUGAGCACUCUUGUCCAGCAAGCUUCAGUGUAUGGCUUGGCUGCUGGCUAUUGCCUGUCAGCAUCUUUGCUCUCCAUUAUCAACAAAUGGGCAAUCAUGAAAUUUCCGUACCCUGGGGCACUGACAGCUCUACAGUACUUGACCAGUGUUGUUGGAGUUCUCCUAUGUGGACAAGCAAAGCUUAUUGAGCAUGAUGGCCUUAAUUUCGCAACCAUGUGGAAGUUCUUACCUGCUGCUGUGAUGUUCUACAUCUCCAUCUUCACAAACAGCGAACUCUUGCUGCAUGCCAAUGUGGACACUUUCAUUGUGUUUCGCUCUGCUGUGCCAAUAUUUGUGGCCAUCGGAGAGACGUUGUACCUUCACCAACCAUGGCCGUCAUUCAAGACAUGGCUUUCACUAUCCACCAUACUUGGUGGAAGUGUGAUCUACGUUUUCACAGACAACCAGUUCACUGUGACUGCUUAUAGCUGGGCAGUGGCCUACCUAGCGAGUAUGUCCAUUGAUUUCGUAUACAUCAAGCACGUUGUCAUGACCAUUGGCCUGAAUACAUGGGGCCUUGUGCUUUACAACAAUCUUGAGGCCUUGAUGCUGUUCCCCAUUGAGCUCCUUGUAAUGGGAGAGUUCAGUCAGAUGAAGGUCGACAGCUCUAAGAUGACAAACUGGCUGUCAUUCGACAUGAUUCUUCCGGUUGCUUUGUCGUGCCUUUUUGGGUUAGCAAUAUCCUUCUUUGGGUUCUCCUGCAGACGGGCUAUCUCAGCUACUGGAUUUACGGUCCUUGGUAUAGUAAACAAGCUCCUCACUGUCGUGAUUAAUCUGCUUAUCUGGGACAAGCAUUCAUCCCUUGUGGGAACAAUUGGGCUGUUGAUCUGCAUGUCUGGUGGUGUUCUGUACCAGCAAUCCACCACAAAGCCCAAGGCACCAAAUUUUGAGCCGAAGGAAGAGAAUGAUGAGGAGGAACAGAAGUUGCUUGAGAUGCAGCAAGGGCGUGACAUCAGUUCAACUGUAGAGCAUUCCUCAUAA